CUUACAUCUUUUGUGUUCUUUCUGCUCUGCUAUAUUACUUACCUAAAACACACAAGGAAGGAAAGUGCUCAACUUAUUCCUUUGCUUCUAAUGCUCUCUCCAUUUUCCUUUUCCUUUUUCAAUUAACCAUCUUUUUGUACUUUUCCCUCUCAACAUUAUCGAACAAGCUUUCUCCAAGGCACACAAGUGGCUUUCGAAGGGGUCCCAUACUGGUACUCAAGACCUUUGCAGCUAUGUUGAUGGCUUGAAUGCCCUUUUUCCCUUCUUCUUCUGUCUCUCUUCUUUACCUUGUUUUGGCACUGGAAACUCCUGGAACUUUCGAAAGCCUUGAGCUUUUCAUUUUAAAAAGGCCUUGUCUUCUUUUUUAAGCUUGUAGUAACAUCUAUAUCUUUCUUCCUUGCUCUUUUUCAAUGACCAACACGUUGCGGUUCGUUUAAGCCUAUCUAUAUUUGUUUUUCGCUUCCUGAGGUUGAAAAGAUUGUGCUUUUAACGGUAUCCAGUCAUGGGGAUGCUUAUCAGAAGCAAUCAUUUAACUUUGGCUGUCUGCAUUUUGUGUUUGGGUGUUUGGUGCUGUGGCCAAGCAGACAGUGAAGCAGCUCCCAUGGAGAAAGCUGAGCAAACUGCUCUGUACUCUGCCGUACAAGGCUUUGUAGGUAAUUGGUGGAAUGGCUCAGAUCUCUAUCCAGAUCCUUGUGGUUGGACUCCUAUACAGGGGGUCUCUUGUGAUAUCGUUGGUGGCCUAUGGUAUGUUACUGCUUUGAGCAUUGGUCCAGUUCAUGACAACUCUCUUGGUUGUGCCACUAAUGUGGAAUUUAGGCAACAGCUAUUCCAGCUUAAGCACCUAAAAUCUCUCAGCUUUUUCAAUUGUUUCAUCUCACCUGGCAGACAUCCAAUUACCAUCCCUGGUGGUAAAUGGGACAAACUUGCUGGCAGCUUAGAGUUAUUAGAGUUUCGAUCCAACCCAGGUCUCACUGGGCAAGUUCCUACUAGCUUUGGCUACCUAACUAGGCUCCAAUCUUUAGUCUUACUAGAAAAUGGAUUAACAGGAGAAUUACCAAUAAAUAUUGGCAACUUAACUAACUUGAAUCGACUAGUCCUGGCUGGAAAUAGGUUCACUGGUCAAAUUCCAGAUAGUUUUGGAAGUUUAAAGGAGCUGUUAAUCUUGGAUUUAAGUAGAAAUUCGCUCUCAGGCCAUAUGCCUUUUGCUCUUGGCGGCCUGACUUCACUCUUGAAGCUUGAUUUGAGUAACAAUCAACUGGAGGGGAAGCUGCUUGGAGAGAUUGCUUAUCUGAAGAACUUGACCCUUUUGGAUUUGAGAAACAACAGGUUUUCAGGUGGAUUAACCCAGUCAAUUGUAGAGAUGCAUUCUUUGGAAGAGUUGGUAUUAUCUAGCAACCCAUUAGGUGGAGAUCUUAUGAGCCUAGAGUGGCAAAGCUUGCAAAAUCUGGUCAUUUUGGAUCUCUCUAAUGUGGGCUUGACAGGUGAUAUUCCUGAGUCCCUUUGUGGAUUGAAGAUGGUGAGAUUUCUGGGUCUUGGUGACAACAAUCUCACAGGCGAUCUCCCAUCAAAGCUAGCAUCUCUGCCUAGUCUUAGAGCGCUUUAUCUAAAUGGGAACAAUCUGACAGGAGUGCUUAAAUUCUCUGAAGAGUUUUAUGGGAAAAUGGGGAGGCGCUUUGGGGCUUGGAAUAACCCAAAUCUCUGCUACCCAGUUGGGUUAAUGACAGCAACUAAUGUUCCAUAUGGAGUAAAGCCAUGCCAAGGAGGUGUCACUUUGCUUGAGCCCAAUUCCAGGGCACAGUUGGGGGAUGGGAAUUUGAAUCAGAAUUCCCAUUUUAUUGCCUCAUCGGGAUUCUCAAGCUAUGGCAUUCAUGGGCUUUGGCGGUUUUUCUUGGUAGAUACAUUGAUAACAGUACUACUCUUGAAUCUUUUCAUAUAGGUCCUAAUUAGAAAAGAAGAUGCUAGGCCUGGUAAUUGACCCUUUCACAUACAACAGCUAUGUUCUCUUUCUCUCUCUUGCAACCUAACAUCGAGCUAGUAUCUUUUCUGUAUUACAAAUCUUUCAUUAUCCAAUAUUGCUAAAAAUCCCCUAAUUACAUGCACAGUUUUGUUUUAUGCCUUAGUUGUCAAGUAAGGUAAAGUAUAGUACUUGUUGAAGAAUUAAUACUAUUUCCUAAAGUUACGAAUAUACCUUCUCCCUGGACAUUUCUGUCAUAGUCUUCUACUUGUCAACCUUAACCAGUAAUUCUGAUUUUGGUUCCUGAUGGCCAAACUAAGUAACAGACUGUAAAGGCAGGGAACUUCUGUAAGCAGAAGAUAAAUAUGAAAUUAGGAUCUGGGAUCCAUUUUUUGAUUUUUUAGUUGGAUUUCCAAUGCAUGGCAGUUAUGACUUUAAUACAUUGAAAGUGAAGUAUGGCUGUAUGGGGAUAACGGAGGCUUGUAGGCUGUGACCUGCAACUGAUCAGCUGCAACAAGGUCAGUACUUUCGUUGGACUUGUAGCCUGUAAACAAUGCAGUGGUCUGUGGCUCUUAUGUUUAAAGAUGAUAAUGAUGAUGAGAUGAGAACUGCGACCGGUUACAUCUUAUAAUAAAAAAAGUCAGACAAAUGGCCAGCUGAGCUCUCUUGGAUCUAGGUUGCUUUCUUCUAUUGUUCAUAGGGCAUUCUGAAGCUGACCCAAAUUGGAUGUUCCUUCACUUGUUUUAGUUCCUUGGACUGAUCCCCAUGAGAAUUCUGUUCUGUUCUGAUCUGUUUGAAGACUCUUUCAUCUAAUCUAAGCCUCUUAUUUUCAUUCA